AAAAUGAGUCGACGGCCUCAGUUAACAAAAACUGAACAACUUCGUCAGGCCAGAACUGCAUCACUUGUAAGAGAUAUCGAACUAAGAGAAGAUGCAGCAUCCAGACACCAAAGAGACGCAUUCAAAGUACGCAGGCGGAUGGUUAGACCUGAGCCAAAAAAAGUAGACUUCAGUAAACCAGGAAUGACUAAAGCAAUGCUAGCUAGAGUAAAACAUGCUCAGAAAUUUAAAGAAGAAUAUGAACGCAAGCAAGAAUCAGUUACAUCAGUUCGAACACCUAAAAGAACACCUGCACCAAUAGGAGGUGAUGCCAGGAUGGGCAGGGAAAGAACACCAGGUAGAAAGACUCAGCGUAUAACACCAGCUACAACUCCUCGAAGAGGAGUCUCACCACCUAGAAGAGAAUUUGAAACUGUAGCCAGUCGUUUACCUUCUCCCAUAAAAACUCCAAAGACACCAAGAUUACCUGCAAAAGCUCUACCUAGAAAAACUACUGAAUUAGCUAAAAUGAUGAAUGCUGAUAUAAUUCAGGCUGAUCCAAUUGGUGAAGGAAUAAUUAGUAAUAUUGUGAUACCUCCUGGAAUAGUGAGCGAAGAUCGUACUACCAUUGUUAAUAUAUCACAACCACCUGUGGAUCCUGAAUCAAAAAUAGUAUCACAAGUGGCUAAUCGUUCGAUUCAAGUGAUCAGUGAAACUCUUGAUGAGCAAGAUGCUGCUGAAUCUGCAGCGGUACAAAAUAGACUAACAGAAUUACAACAAGCUAGAAGAGAUUUUGUUAUUGCAGUUGCAAAUGUUGGUGGAAAUGCUCUUCAUCUUGAAGAUGAAAGUCGUCCCACCACUGUUCUUGAUUCUACUCGUAUAUCCCCUGUACUUCAACCCACUCCACAAAAAAGGAUUAUACGAGUCCCUGAGUUAGAGGACCUUGAAUAUACUAUCGAUCACCCAGAUGUUAUUGCUGCGCGUGAAUAUAUGCAAAAAUUUAAAGCUGACAUGGAAGCAAGAGAAGCAGCUAAAAGAAUGGAAGAAGAAUUUGAAAGAAUGGCAGCAGCAGAACAUAUGUCAGAUGAAUUAGAUUUAGAUAUUCCUUUUGAAGAAGAAAUUUACCAAGAGAGAGAUAUCUCUUGGGAAGAAGAUGAAGGUGGCAUGGCUAUGCCUCGUCCAUCUAGAAUAAAAGCUCAAAUUUCUCCUAUUCCUAAACAACAAAGACCUUAUCAAUAUGAACCCUUUGAGCCAGAACAAUUAGAAAAAUUCUUUGAUGUUCAAACUUAUCCACCUUGCCCACAAUGUGGGCCACCACCAGGUAGGGAACACUUACAUCCUGACUUGUGGGAAUUGGAAGACCCAUGGUACAAAAGACCUCCAGAACCUGAUAUGCCAGACUUAAUAGAGUUUGAAGAAUCUGACCUAAUACGUUUCUAAAGUUUACCAUAUACAAUUUUUUAUAACAAUUUGUUGUAAAAUAUUGAUAUCUAAUAUAAUGUAUAACUACUACACACAUGUAAAUAAUAAUAAUAGUGAUAAUUAUUUUUUAAUAAU